AUGAUAUGCUCUCUUGAACGUCCUGUUCGAUUUGCACAUCACUUGACACGGAUGUUUUGGGUGAAGCUGCUGAGUAGGCGCUUCUCAAUCAACACCUCGGCUGACCAGGAUCAACCGGAGCAAUACCCCGAAACAUCACUAGCUGAGCGAUUGACUCAGAAUAUGGGCGUUUCCUUUGGGUUUGUACGGAUCGCAUUUCCUCUGCGCGACUUCUUGAGCCCUAGGCGUCCUGCUUGGGUUUUGAACAAUAUCCAUCUCGUUCUAGGCAGUGCUCCCGCCCGAGAAAAAGAAACACCCUCAUAG